AUGACCACCACUCUCCGCGAUCCCGCCGCCAUCCACUCGCAACUGCACCGCAAGAAGAGCCUGCAGCAGAUCGAUCGCUAUCAACAAGAUGCCCCGCGAUCAUCAUCCUCGCGCCUGAGCAAACGGGCCUCGUUCGCAACUUUUUCGUCUGUAGUGCGCGACACCGUCUCAUGGGCCGGAGAUACCCUCAACACAUACCGAGACGGUCUCUCAAAGGAGGAGCGCGAGAAGAAGGUGCGCGACGAUGACCGGAAACAGCUGCUCUAUCUGAAGAUGCGAAAUGCCGUGUCUUUCGAUGAGUGGCGCACGUGUGCCUGCGAACUCGACGAACUCGAGGGGAACAAUACGUGGAAGGAGACCUUUGAAUCGACCGAAUACAACCCAUCGCUUAUCCACGCCCGCAUGAAGCAGCUGGAGGACGCGCGCAUCAGCUGCGACGUUUCCCGUAUGCUGUUCUUGAUCCGGACUGCACUGAGUCGAGAGUUGGGUAGCAUGGGCGAAGCCAGCCUGUAUCAGCAUACGCAUGUCGGCACAAAAAACCUGAUUGACCAGUAUAUCAACACGGCCGUCAACACAAUAUCCACGCUGCUUGAUUUGUCGGGAAGCGACCGUUGCGACCCUGCCGAGAUGCAGUAUAUCCUGGACCAGUUGCUAUCGGCGCGACAGGCAUUUGGUCGCAGCGCCGUGCUGCUGUCCGGAGGAGGCACCUUUGGCAUGAAUCAUGUAGGUGUCGUCAAGGCGCUGUGGGAGGCGAAGCUGGCUCCGAGGAUUAUAUCCGGUGCAUCGGCCGGUAGUAUUGUUGCAUCAAUCUACUGCGCGCACACUGAGGACGAGCUCCCCGCGGUGCUGGCGGCCUUUCCCUACGGGGAAUUGGAUGUAUUUGAGCGAGAAGGGAAAGAGCUUCCUCCGCUGCAAAAGGUCGCUCGGUUUCUCAAGCAUGGGUUUAUAUAUGACAGCUCCCACAUUACCAGAGUCAUGAGGGGCUGGCUGGGCGAUAUGACCUUUCACGAGGCUUACAAUCGCACACGGAAGAUUCUGAAUAUCUGCAUAUCGAGUGCCGACCUCUACGAACUCCCUCGACUAUUGAAUUACAUCACCGCGCCAAAUGUGUUGAUCUGGUCUGCCAUAACCGUGUCUUGCUCGGUCCCCGUCGUGUUUUCGGGGGCAGCGUUGAUGGCAAAGGACCCGCUCACUGGAGAGACAGUUCCCUGGCACGAUGACCGUCGCAAUUGGAUUGACGGGUCUGUUGACGGCGACCUGCCGAUGACCCGGCUGUCCGAGAUGUUCAAUGUCAACCACUUCAUCGUGUCGCAGGUGAAUCCUCACGUCGUACCCUUUUUGGCAAAGGAAGAAGGGCCGGGGGUUGCAUCGAGCUGGCAACCCUGGCUGAGCUCUCAAUGGCUCAACACCAUGACCAAUCUCGCCCGCGAAGAGGCCCUGCAUCGAAUAAACGUGCUGUACGAAAUGGGCAUCUUUCAGAACGUGUCCAAGAAGACGGCGUCCAUCCUGGACCAGAAAUACUCCGGUGACAUCAACAUCUUCCCGCAGAUUCCGUACUCUCAUUUCCCGCGCAUCCUGCAGAAUCCAACCGCGGAGUUUAUAUUGGAAACCUGCCUGAGCGGCGAACGAGCUACGUGGCCGAAGAUCUCGAGGGUUCGAAACCAUCUUGCCAUUGAGCUAGCCUUGGACUCUGCCGUGCGAACCAUGCGAGCGCGAGUGGCUCUCAGUCCUCCGGUUGCUGCUCCUUCGGGCGCUGCAAAUCAAUCCAGCAGCCAGAGCCAAGCGGGCUUGGACGAGCACCGCCCAGAGCCCGCACAGAGACGAAGCUCAUAUAGUCACGAGUCUGGUAGCAAGACCAGCAGGGGUGGUGGUGGUGGACGAAAUGCGUCGAAAACGCGAGGCAGCGUCGACUUGGGCAGCAAAGCUCGCAGCUCGUUGUCGGUGGGCUGCAUCGAACUGUCGAGACCAAUUAGUCCUGUCGCUCGUCAUCAAAAGCCGCAGCAUAGAAGAUCGGUCACACCAACAGAGCGACGGGGUUAUAAUACACAUUCCGCCAAUCCGAGGAAUAAUAAUUUCUUUACUGUAGGGGCUGAUAGCGAUGAUGAGUCGUCGUCAUUGUUUACGGGCGCACGGCACUGGCAGAAUAAUAUUUAUAAUAAUAAUACCGCAUCAUCAAUCCGGCCCAGCUCGCCCCGGUCGAGGAGGACGAGUCCUGCAGCUUCCAGGCGGUCUUCGGUUGCUAGGAUGGUAUCUAUCCCUUUGUCGCCGUCUCAGCUAGUGGUCAAAAAGUCGCAUUCGAUAGGGGGGUGA